AGCAGAAGAAUGAGGCGGCAGCGGGCCAAAGCAAAAAGAAGAAAGUCACAGCCGCACAACUGCGCGUACAAAAAGAUCUCUCCGAGCUCUCCCUGGGGAGCACCAUGACCACCGACUUCCCCAACCCCGACGACAUCCUCAACUUCCGGCUGACCCUCACACCGGACGAAGGCCUGUACAAGUCCGGGACUUUCCUCUUCACGUUUGCGAUCCCGGCCAAUUUCCCGCACGAGCCGCCGAAGGUCAAAUGCACGCAGAAGAUCUACCACCCGAACAUCGACCUCGAGGGGAACGUCUGCCUGAACAUCCUCCGCGAAGACUGGAAGCCCGUGCUCAACCUGAACGCCGUGAUCGUCGGGCUCCAGUUCCUGUUCCUGGAGCCCAAUGCGAGCGAUCCGCUGAACAAGGAGGCGGCGAACGACCUCAUGAGCGAUCGGGAGCGGUUCAAGAGGAAUGUCCGGGCCGCGAUGCAGGGCGGUUCGGUGAACCGGGAGACUUUUGAGAAGGUUGUUCAGUGAGAUCGUGGAGGGAAAUGAUGAGGGAGGGAAUAGGCAACGAGUCCGAGGUGGGAUACCUGAGGUAUAGGCGGGCUUUUCGGACAAGAGGAGGCAUCAUAUACAUGUGUGGUUUCGUCCUGCCGAGGAGGUGGAAAACAUGAUGUGACGAG